ACGGGAAGGAGACGAUAGUGCCGUUUCUAGAUUUAAAUCCGGUGUCUUCAUCAUAGGUUUUGAAACUUAAUGAUGAAGUCAGUAUAGUGUGACAAGUGGUAUUGGAAAGAACCAAAUGGCUCAUAUGCAGUCAGCUGCACCACAAGAUGAGUCAAUCUGCUGAUUUUUGGCUUGUAUGGGAAAAAAAGGAAGCAGCUAAUAUUUCCAUCUUUUAAAAGGUAUGAAAUCGACCGCCAGAAGUUUUCUGUGAUGUCUUCUUUUAUUAUUAUUUUUAAAAAGUAGCUACUGUCAGAAGUUUCUGUCAUGUUAUGGCUUUGUGACUGCUGACAGGUAGAGAAGAAUGUCAUGUGGUGUUUUACUCUGUGGUAUUCUCCACAGAGCAUUCUGCAAGCAGGGGGUGUGUUCAGACCUGUUGAAUCAAUGAGGAAGUAGACGGGGCAAGUCCAAGAAGGCUGACAAAGGUGUGGCUUUGCCAACACAGAAAUAUGGCGUGGAGGUAGACAGAAUAAAGCUUGGACACAACGCUGAUCUGCUCUAUUAAAGGGACUGCCUGCACUUGGACAAUGGAACAAACAAUACUUUUGUUGGUCCUUAUCUUGGAUGCAUCACUCACGCUCACAGGUAAUUCACUGAAAUUUUUUACCACCUGUAAGCAUGUUGACCUAAAAUGACAUGACUUAAGACUUAAUGCAAACAACUUGAAUGACAGUUUGUUAUUACUGAACCUAAGGCUAAAACCUCACCCGAACUGAAACUGAUCUUAAAAUGGAACCCGAAACUAAAACUUAUAUUGGGAGUUUUUUGAUGCUUGUGAAAGAGAUGAUGACUUUUUAUGAUAUACUAACACACAUAAGACUAUUAAUCAACAAGAGGUUGAGGUUGGGGGUAGGUGCCAGUUUGUUACCUUUCAGAGUGGGUUCAAAACUUUCCUUUUUGAUAAUACUUGUAGUUAGAGCUGGUUCAGGCUCAGCCCAGUUGUAGGUUAUGCUGCUACAGGUUUAGACUGCAGAGGGACUGGCACACUGACCCAUAUCCCAUUGGAGUCACUAACCAGUUUUCUGGGGGUCCCUGUGCUCCAUCAUGUUGAAUACUCUGCUUAAAGUAUAUGCAUCAGUCUCUACUCUGUCCAUCUCUCUCUUGUCAGAAAUCGACUUUUGACUCAUCUUAAAUCGGCUUCAUAUAACUCUUUAAGUCUGACAUUAACUGGGACAGAACUCUGAGUUCAUGAGGAUUGUACUGAUCAACUGCCUAGAUCGCGAGCUAUCAGGGAAACAAAACUUGACACUUGACACACUCACCUCACCUCCCCCCUCACCUCACCUCAUGUUACCUCCUGGCAGUCAAAGUUGUCACGUCUCAGCAAGAUCCCCGAGCUGAAGCAAAGAAUUUCAGGUUCUACAGGAAGCACCUGAACACGACCCUCUUCGACCCUGCAACCUCCAUUGAGUGAGUUGGAAGGCACGGCCCCUUCAUUGCCACGCCAACCCAAAUGAGGGGGCUGAUGGGUCACACAACAGCUGUCAUUGUCCUCGUAACCCGGUUGCUUUCAGUUCACACCUGACCCAGUCACCGGAGGUCCAGUGGAAAGCUCCGGAUCGGUAAAGAGGCUGUUAUGAGGAUGGGCUUGGAGGUGUCUCACAUUCAGGGGCAGCUGAAUGUCCCUUAGCCAGGAAUGGAGCCAGCUCUCCCAGCUGCACUAAACAAAGUUGGCAUCUCUGACCCCAUCUCCACCUGUGGCAGAGACAUAGGAUAGUUUAGCAGGCGGCUGAACACCUGGCUGUCUAAUGCCUUUGGUUCUCACAGUUUAGGAUUCAUGCACUUUUAAUGUCUUCUGGGACAGGAGACAUCUGUUUGGGGCAGACGGGCUUCAAUUUAACAGAUAGGGCCAACCAUGUCCCGCCACACUCACAUCACAUGUGCCCACGUUGACUCUCUUGUUACCGAUUGAUGAACAAUUCCACAUGCUCUAAUGGACUAGGACCACUCGAUUUAGGCUAUUUGACAGCUUCCCAUUCCCAACAUUAGGCUAUUUACUGAUUAUCAUUUAACUGAUUGAUUGAGUGUGAUUUAAAUCAAUUAACAUUGAUAAAACUUACCAUAAUGUCCAAAUGUUUUCCAACAAUGAGAGGAUGUUUUGUCUCGUCUGUGUCUCUACAGGAAGCCACGGUCACACUUUUGAAGAAGGGACACACUGGGAAGUGGUUCGACCUGUAAAAAUACACUCAAUAAGGAAAAGACAUAUAGAGGUAGGAUUUUUCUGUCAGUGUUGUUCUCCGUCUUCUGUAAAAUAAAGUUUUAUUGUAUAGAGUAAUGGAAAUACAUUUUAUCUUUUUUGGCAGGGGCACAGGCCUCAAACUGUAAAUUAUGCAAUCACUCUAGGAGGAAGAGCGAUUGAAAUGCAACUUGAAAAAAAUAAGUAAGUUUAUACUUUCAUUGAGUCAUGCUCUUGUCAUGAGGCAAAAAUGCUGACUACUUGUUUUUGGUUCACUUUGUCAUGAUGUUGAAAAUAUGUUUUAAAAAUGAUGAUGUCAACUUGUAGAAUACAAGUUGUAUUUACACUGUCUUUUCUCAGAUGUAAGUUUUUAUGUCUUCCUUAUACAUGUUAUUAUUUAACCUUUAUUUUACCAGGAGAAAAAAAACUCAUUAUUGAGAUUAAAAAGCUAUUUGUCAAGAGUGUGCUGGCCAAGAUAAGCAACGGCACAUUAUACAAAUUUUCAGAUAAAGAGCAGCCAUUCAACAUACUAAAGAGAACAUGUUUACAACAAAUAUGUCUAACAAAGGAGGUGUGUGACAAAACACACAUUGUGGAAAUUCAAAUUUUGUUAUCAUCUGUUGUCGUCAUCAGUGAAUUAUUAACCAAAGAGUACACUGAGACUCACUAUCAAGAUGAUGGAACUCGGGUCACCACAUCGCCGACUGACAUCGUAAGUGUUGUAGUUCUGUUUCAGCUGUGUUAUCUGUUUUUGUUCCUCAUCUGUGACGUCAAUUGUAUGCAAUUAUCUCCAACACAUUUUUCAAGAUCCUCUGAAAUAUUUUGUAAAUUAUACAACUCUCCUCUUGGAAAAGUAAAAAAAAAUGAAUAAAUUAUUGGAAUUUAAUUUAAUUUGUAAAAAAGGAAAAACCCAGUUUCUUCUUUCAUGAUGAAGUGAAUAUAUUUGUGGCUUUUUCAGGAUCACUGCUAUUAUCAUGGGAAACUUUUGCAUGACAGUGAAUCAUCUGUUAGCAUCAGCACUUGUAAUGGACUCAAGUGAGUACUCAAACCUUUAAACUGUCUUACUUCUGUCUAUACACACAGUAUAUACACUGUAUAAUGACGGCUGAAUGACUAUGGGUGAUUAAUGGGCGAUGAACAGAGCUUUUUUGCUGUAAACACUGUCCUUCUGCAUUUAUGCUGAGCAACUCCAAAGCAAUGUCUGUUCAAUGAAGCACUAACUGGGAUAUUGAUUUAGGGGUUACUUCAGAACAGCUGAGCAGAGGUACCUGAUUGAGCCUCUCACUGGAACUGAUGAGGGAGAUCAUGCCGUGACAACACUGAACACCACGGAAGCAACACCGGCAGUGUGUGGAGUUACCAACACCAGCUGGAACACCGACUUCGAAGUCCUAACAAGCCGCAGUCGAUCCAGAUCAGGGGUAACACUAUGCUCUCAGAGCAUCUGGCAUUUUUCAGGAUAAUAGAUGUCCUAUGUCAAUGGGAGACGACUAAAAGAGAAAAUGACAAUUUAUCCUAUAACUGACAUAGAUGGUCCAUUGAUGACUUUUUUAAUUUUAUUUUAGGCCAAUGAACAAAAUCAGAAACUUUCAAACUAAUUUGUUCUUUUGUAUUUCAGAGUUUAUCCUUGGUUCAGCAAAAGAAAUACGUUGAGCUUUUCCUUGUAGCUGACAACCGCGCGGUAAGACAUAAACAAUGGCAUACCUGUAAAAAAAAACACAAAAUGAAUCAGGGUUUAUUGUCCUGGCUGCUCUUAAAUUUUGUUAAGUGAUAUAAAAAAAACUUCCUGUGCUUUUUAGAAGUUACAUUAUUCUAAGUGUAUCAUCAUAAACCUGGGACUGAAAAUGUUUUUGUGUCUGAUCAUGAUAUCAUGCUGUUUUAGUUUUUGAAGGCGAAGCGAGAUCAGGCAGCGCUGAGAAGGAAGAUGUUUGAAAUGGUCAACUUUGUAAAUCUGGUAAGUCUGUAUUUUGGUUAUUUGAGAGGUUUGCAAGUGCAGUACGAUGUGUCAUGUUCUGUUUCUGAUGAUGCUGGUGUUGCUUGCAGGCAUACAAGCCCCUAAAUACCUUUGUUGCCCUGGUGGGAUUGGAGAUCUGGUCAAAAAAGGACUUCAUUUCUGUGACCCCCCCAGCUGGCGCUAACCUGGAUGCUUUCAAAAACUGGAGAAAAUCUGACCUUAACAGCAGACAAAAACAUGAUGUGGCCCAUCUGAUCAGGUUUGAACACUUUAAAAAAGUAAAUAUGAUUAAAUUAAAUUCAAAUGGUAAAUUCAAUGGCCUUGAUAUGCAGCUCUCUGUUCACUGUCUUUAUUGGGAUUGUUGGCAUGUUGUCAGUUCUCACAAUUGACCUGCCAGCCAAUGCUAUAAAAUCCAUCCAUCCAUCCAUCCAUCCAUCCAUCCAUCCUUUCAUCCUUUCAUCCAUCCAUCCAUCCAUCCAUCCAUCCAUCCAUCCAUCCAUCCAUCCAACCAACCAAUCAACCAACCCUGGUCUUUCAAUGUUUUCACCUUUAGCCAAAUAUCACUGAUGGCAAUUUUUUUUCAGCUGGCCUUAAAUCCCCCUCAAUUCCAGAAAUUUGAAAAUAAAACCCCCCUCCAUAUAGAUCAGGACAAAAAUGGUAAUGAUAAAAAAAAAAAACUCCAGGGAUAUCAGUAGGUAUCCGAACAGGACAUUGAGCUUUGUACCAGUUUAUGAGUUGGAAUUUGAAUGUGUUUAAUGUUUUCAUUAUAUGACUUCAUGUCUUUCAGCGGUAUCGACUUUGAGGGAGCAACUGUGGGGCUGGCUUAUAUUGGGACUCUUUGCUCAAGUCACUCUGUUGGAGUUGUACAGGUAAGGUGUUUUUUUGUAGGACCAACAGAUUGUGCCACAUAUGAGAUCUAUUAGCACCAUCAAAUGUCUUAAGCCACUGGCACACAACAUGGAUCCUGGCAUCACUUUUUUCUAUGAGGGAUCCGGGGUGGGGAUGGUUGGUGGGUGGAGGCUCAUCUUUCUAGAAUACAUGAGGUACAGCUGCACAUUUCACAUAGUUUAUUGACAGAUUUAUCACACUACAUCUACCUUUCUAAAUUUAGCAAGAAAAUAAGGAAAUUUGUGUUUGGUUGAUCACUUCUUAGUUGUAAAAAUGCUUCGUGUACUGUUGGAAAGCCUGUUUAUUUCCAUCUUUUAUGGUUCCACAUUUGUAAGGAACACACAUUUGCAAAUUUCCCCACUAUGGGAUGAAUUGAGGUUUAUCUUAUCUUUGUGGGAUGAGCAGCAGAGCGGAGUUUGUGGGUUGCGCCCACGAUAAACCUGCCAAAUCUUCUCACAUUCUGCCACUGACUCUUGUUUGGUGGAUUGGAUGACUGAAAUCUGUCAUAGUAUGUCAUAAAAUCCAGAUUUCUUCAGUUCCUUUGUCAUCCUCCAGAGUCAGUGAUGGAUCAGUUUUUUUAUAUCAACAAAACAAGGGCAAAUAUACAGCUACAUCCAGACACAGUCUAAAGACUCUGAGAGCCUUUAGACAAGACCUUAAGGUUUUUUGACAGUGAAUGAUGGAAGUAAAUACCAGGAUGUGUUCAUACUUUCCCCCAAUAAAGUUUAUAACAGCAAUAUUUGUUUUUCACAUCAUACAUCCCUAUCUGUAAAAUUGAAAGGACUCGCUCAGUGCAGUACAUUGUAAAUUUAUUUAUUUAUUUUUCUACUUUGUUUAUGAAUGUUCGGCUGUCCAUCUCAAUGUGCAGAAGUAUUUGAAUUUUCCAUCUCAGUGAUAUUCCCUGGUAGGUGAAACCACAACUACCUUUUAUAGCAGUGUUUCACAUUUUGUAGUGCCACCGCUUUAGGGAAGGAUGUCUAGACUACAAAAUGAGAAUGGAGGAACUAAAACUGUGAUAUUUGCAAUCAGCUGGUUCACACACUGUUGCCUGUUGCAGACCUUCUCUCAAGAAAAAGGAAGUGAUUAUUUGUGAGUCAAAUUGAAAGAGUUGUCUUGGUAUUUUUUCACAGGAUCAUAGUGACCGGGCAAUUGCUGUGGGAGCAACUCUGGCUCAUGAGAUGGGCCAUAACCUUGGAAUGGACCAUGACGACUCCAGCUCCUGUAGUUGUUCUGGGGAUAGCUGCAUUAUGGCCGCAGCACUUAGGUAAGAAAUAGUGUUAAGAAGCAUCAGUAAGAAAUGUUAAAAAACCUCCAACACAAAAUGCAACCAUGAAAGUACAUCAGACGUAAAAAUCCCAAUUGCUAUAGAACAAAAUUUUAAAGUCAGCAUCUAUGAUGUUAGGAGGUUGUGUUAGUGCCAAUGACAUGGGCAACUUGCAAAUCUGUGGAGGCUCCAUUAAUGCUGAAAGGUACAUACAGGUUUUUGAGAAACAUACAGAAUGCUGCCAUCAAAGCCACGUCUUCUUCAUGGCUGUCACUAGUUUUUUCAGCAAGACAAUGCAAAGCCACAUUCUGCACGUGUUACAACAGUGUGGCUUCAUGGUGAAAGAGUGCAGGUACUAGACUGGCCAGUUGAGACGUGUCUCCCAUUGAAAAUGUGUGACGCGUUAUGAAGCGCAAAAAAAAGGGAGACCCCGGACUGUUGAGCAACUGGAGUCGUUCAUUAAGCAAGAAUGGAAAUCAUUCCACCUCCAGAGCUUCAACAAUUAGUGUCUUCAGUUCACAAAUGCUUAUUAAGUGUUGUUAAAAGGAAAGGUGAUGAACAUGCUCCUGUCUCUGCCUUUUUGAGUGUUGAGUGAAUAUUUGAAACAAGAAAAAAAGAGUUUGAACGUGAAAUACCUUGCCUUUACAGUGAAUACAAUUAAAUAAAAAAGGAUUUGCAAAUCAUUGUAUUCUAUUUUUGUUCCUGUUUUACACAACAUCCCAACAUCAUUGGAAUUGGGAUUUGUAAUUAUAUUCGAAAGAAAUUCAUAAUGAAGAUGUUAGUGCUUGCAGUGAUUAUACUUUUUCAUGGAGAAGAUGUGGUUUCUGAAUUUAUUAAAACUUCAUUUUCUAAAAACGAUAUGGCUUCAAAGUUAACAGGAUUUUUCUUUCCACAGCUGGAAUGUUCCUCGGUCUUUCAGUGGUUGCAGUAGCAGCAACUAUGAAAAAUAUCUGUUAAGGUCCAACCCCACCUGCCUGCUCAACAAACCUGAAUACGCCAGUCUUGCGUCUCCUGCAGUCUGUGGAAAUGGUUUCUUGGAGACAGGAGAGCAGUGUGACUGUGGCACCGUUGAGGUAACUGCGCCGCGUAUCAUUGGAACAUAAAAAUUGAUUCUUUCCUGUUAAUAAAUAACUGUAUGAUGGAGUAAUCAAUGUACUCUUUCGCCACCCUGUGUUGUUACAGUUAAUAGGUCAAAAUAUGGGGCGCUAAAACAGCUAAGCUACCAACACCCCACUCUGCACCCUGUUAAAUGCUGCCACUAAAGAGUGACUGAGUUUAUAUACAUAAUUACACCGGUUUUCUCUUGAUAUAUUUUGACAAAGAUAAAAACAAAUCUGCAUUUUAGUCUGUUCAUUAAAUUGCUUUAGACUAGACUUCUGGGGCUCUCAGGGAUUGGACACUGUGUAUGAGUGUUUGACGAUGAGUGUGUAGCCUUCAGGCCAGAGGAAGGAUGAAUGAGCCUACUUCUGGAUUGCCUAAAAAAGGACACAAAAGCUCACUCAAAUAACAAAAGCAGGAAAAAAACAACAACUAAGAAAUUUACAUGAAACAGUCAACUCCAGGAACAUUCUUAAGGUUAAUGAAGAGAAGUCUGAAUCAUAAAGUAAUCAGUGUUGUGUUUUCUUGUAGGAUUGCACUAACCCAUGCUGCAAUGCCACAACCUGCACCUUAAAGCCAGGUUCUCAGUGUGCUGAAGGAGAGUGUUGUGAAAACUGUAAGGUGAGUAAAAAUAAAUGGUCCGUAAUGAUGUGUAUGCUUCAAUCACCUAUGCAUAUUUAUUUCCAUAACAUCUUUGCUAUCUUGGAAAUUGUAGAGAAGAAUACAACUUUUGAUAUAAUCACAGCCAUCAUUCUGGGACCCAAGUAUAACCUAAAGAUGUGACUGUAUUUACGUCCUUGAAAUACUCUGAAAAAAGUGGGAUUAUCAUAUAUGGGAUAUUGUAAAAAUUAUGUAAUGUUGUUGGGUUUACAUUACAAGUUGUCUUACAACAGAAUAGAACAUCAUACAUACUUACUUUAAAAUCCACUCGCUUCCUAAGACCAGCAGCUAUUGGAUAAUAAAUGCUGUGUGUUUCUGAGACAUCCAGGGGAACUUAAUCCUCUCCUGACUCUCCUGAUCCAGUCUCUCAAAAACAAAGUGAAUCUGUGCUGAUUUAUCUAUCUUUUUUUUAUGGAUUGUGCAGAUCUUGCCCCGGUCAAAGGAGUGUCGCAGUAAGCAUGAUGAAUGUGACCUGCCAGAGUACUGUGACGGGAAAAGGGCCACUUGUCCUGAGGAUGUCUUUGUUGUGAAUGGUCUUCCAUGUGAUGGAGGCCUGGGAUACUGCUUCAAUGGCCAGUGUCCACAGAGGCCAAACCAGUGCAUUAAGAUGUAUGGAUUUAGUAAGUGUCCUCUUGGUUUUUGGUGUGUUUUGUGUCCUUUCUCUCUACAAAAUAAACCCAAUCCUAAAAUAUCAUUUGAUCAGAUGCUAAAGAGGGACCUUCAAACUGCUAUAACCAGAAUACCAGAGGGACCUACUAUGCUUUCUGCAGACGCCCUUCAAAGAAUCAGUAUAUCCCCUGUCAGAAGCAGUAAGUUGAUUUGCAACAUAUACCACAGCACCAAGAAGCACCAUGCAACGGACCUUUCUUGUCUGUGUAAAUGUUUACAUUGAAAGGACAAUUUCGGAGGAAAUAAUUUAAAAAAUAUCUUUAUUUUUGUAGAGAUGUACUCUGUGGGAAGCUCUUCUGCACCAACGGGAAGGACAGCCCAAACUACGGUCGAAUGGUUAGGUUUGGUAACUGCAAGGCAUCUUUCUAUGAGGAUCACCUUGAAGACUAUGGCCAGGUGGAUGAUGGGACUAAAUGUGGAGAUGGAAAGGUAAUGGCCAGUGGUACCAUUAAGGUUGGAGCUAGGGUUAGGGUUAGGUGUGGGGUUGGAGCUAGGGUUAGGGUUGGAGUUAGGGGUAGUGUUGGAGCUAGGGUUAGGGUUGGGCUUGGAGCUAGGAUUUUUCUGAGUGCAAUGAACCAACUCCCGAGUCUCUAGGAUGUUCCUAAAAAAAUUUGAUUUUUUCCCAUAGGAAUGCAUGGGUUAGGGUUAGGGUUAGGGUUGGAGCUAGGGUUAGGGUUAGGGUUAGGGUUGGAGUUAGGGUUAGUGUUGGAGCUAGGGUUAGGGUUGGGCUUGGAGCUAGGAUUUUUCUGAGUGCAAUGAACCAACUCCCGAGUCUCUAGGACGUUCCUAAAAAAAUUUGAUUUUUUCCCAUAGGAAUGCAUGGGUUAGGGUUAGGGUUAGGGUUGGAGCUAGGGUUAGUGUUAGGGUUAGGGUUGGAGUUAGGGUUAGUGUUGGAGCUAGGGUUAGGGUUGGGCUUGGAGCUAGGAUUUUUCUGAGUGCAAUGAACCAACUCCCGAGUCUCUAGGACGUUCCUAAAAAAAAUUGAUUUUUUCCCAUAGGAAUGCAUGGGUUAGGGUUAGGGUUAGGGUUGGAGCUAGGGUUAGGGUUAGGGUUAGGGUUGGAGUUAGGGUUAGUGUUGGAGCUAGGGUUAGGGUUGGGCUUGGAGCUAGGAUUUUUCUGAGUGCAAUGAACCAACUCCCGAGUCUCUAGGACGUUCCUAAAAAAAUUUGAUUUUUUUCCCAUAGGAAUGCAUGGGUUAGGGUUAGGGUUAGGGUUGGAGCUAGGGUUAGGGUUAGGGUUAGGGUUGGAGUUAAGGUUAGUGUUGGAGCUAGGGUUAGGGUUGGGCUUGGAGCUAGCAUUUUUCUGAGUGCAAUGAACCAACUCCCGAGUCUCUAGGACGUUCCUAAAAAAAAUUGAUUUUUUCCCAUAGGAAUGCAUGGGUUAGGGUUAGGGUUAGGGUUAGGGUUGGAGCUAGGGUUAGGGUUAGGGUUGGAGUUAGGGUUAGUGUUGGAGCUAGGGUUAGGGUUGGGCUUGGAGCUAGGAUUUUUCUGAGUGCAAUGAACCAACUGCCGAGUCUCUAGGAUGUUCCUAAAAAAAUUUGAUUUUUUCCCAUAGGAAUGCAUGGGUUAGGGUUAGGGUUAGGGUUGGAGCUAGGGUUAGGGUUAGGGUUAGGGUUGGAGUUAAGGUUAGUGUUGGAGCUAGGGUUAGGGUUGGGCUUGGAGCUAGGAUUUUUCUGAGUGCAAUGAACCAGCUCCCGAGUCUCUAGGACGUUCCUAAAAAAAUUUGAUUUUUUCCCAUAGGAAUGCAUGGGUUAGGGUUAGGGUUAGGGUUAGGGUUGGAGCUAGGGUUAGGGUUAGGGUUAGGGUUGGAGUUAGGGUUAGUGUUGGAGCUAGGGUUAGGGUUGGGCUUGGAGCUAGGAUUUUUCUGAGUGCAAUGAACCAACUCCCGAGUCUCUAGGACGUUCCUAAAAAAAUUUGAUUUUUUUCCCAUAGGAAUGCAUGGGUUAGGGUUAGGGUUGGAGCUAGGGUUAGUGUUAGGGUUAGGGUUGGAGUUAGGUUUAGUGUUGGAGCUAGGGUUAGGGUUGGGCUUGGAGCUAGGAUUUUUCUGAGUGCAAUGAACCAACUCCCGAGUCUCUAGGACGUUCCUAAAAAAAUUUGAUUUUUUCCCAUAGGAAUGCAUGGGUUAGGGUUAGGGUUAGGGUUGGAGCUAGGGUUAGGGUUAGGGUUAGGGUUGGAGUUAAGGUUAGUGUUGGAGCUAGGGUUAGGGUUGGGCUUGGAGCUAGGAUUUUUCUGAGUGCAAUGAACCAACUCCCAAGUCUCUAGGACGUUCCUAAAAAAAUUUGAUUUUUUCCCAUAGGAAUGCAUGGGUUAGGGUUAGGGUUAGGGUUAGGGUUGGAGCUAGGGUUAGGGUUAGGGUUAGGGUUGGAGUUAGGGUUAGUGUUGAGCUAGGGUUAGGGUUGGGCUUGGAGCUAGGAUUUUUCUGAGUGCAAUGAACCAACUCCCGAGUCUCUAGGACGUUCCUAAAAAAAUUUGAUUUUUUCCCAUAGGAAUGCAUGGGUUAGGGUUAGGGUUAGGGUUGGAGCUAGGGUUAGGGUUAGGGUUAGGGUUAGGGUUGGAGUUAGGGUUAGUGUUGGAGCUAGGGUUAGGGUUGGGCUUGGAGCUAGGAUUUUUCUGAGUGCAAUGAACCAACUCCCGAGUCUCUAGGACGUUCCUAAAAAAAAUUUGAUUUUUUCCCAUAGGAAUGCAUGGGUUAGGGUUAGGGUUAGGGUUGGAGCUAGGGUUAGGGUUAGGGUUAGGGUUAGGGUUGGAGUUAGGGUUAGUGUUGGAGCUAGGGUUAGGGUUGGGCUUGGAGCUAGGAUUUUUCUGAGUGCAAUGAACCAACUCCCGAGUCUCUAGGACGUUCCUAAAAAAAUUGAUAUUUUCCCAUAGGAAUGCAUGGGUUAGGGUUAGGGUUAGGGUUGGAGCUAGGGUUAGGGUUAGGGUAAGGGUUGGAGUUAAGGUUAGUGUUGGAGCUAGGGUUAGGGUUGGGCUUGGAGCUAGGAUUUUUCUGAGUGCAAUGAACCAACUCCCGAGUCUCUAGGACGUUCCUAAAAAAAAUAGAUUUUUUCCCAUAGGAAUGCAUGGGUUAGGGUUAGGGUUAGGGUUGGAGCUAGGGUUAGGGUUAGGGUUAGGGUUGGAGUUAGGGUUAGUGUUGGAGCUAGGGUUAGGGUUGGGCUUGGAGCUAGGAUUUUUCUGAGUGCAAUGAACCAACUCCCGAGUCUCUAGGACGUUCCUAAAAAAAUUUGAUUUUUUCCCAUAGGAAUGCAUGGGUUAGGGUUAGGGUUAGGGUUGGAGCUAGGGUUAGGGUUAGGGUUGGAGUUAAGGUUAGUGUUGGAGCUAGGGUUAGGGUUGGGCUUGGAGCUAGGAUUUUUCUGAGUGCAAUGAACCAACUCCCGAGUCUCUAGGACGUUCCUAAAAAAAUUUGAUUUUUUCCCAUAGGAAUGCAUGGGUUAGGGUUAGGGUUAGGGUUAGGGUUGGAGCUAGGGUUAGGGUUAGGGUUAGGGUUGGAGUUAGGGUUAGUGUUGGAGCUAGGGUUAGGGUUGGGCUUGGAGCUAGGAUUUUUCUGAGUGCAAUGAACCAACUCCCGAGUCUCUAGGACGUUCCUAAAAAAAUUUGAUUUUUUCCCAUAGGAAUGCAUGGGUUAGGGUUAGGGUUAGGGUUGGAGCUAGGGUUAGGGUUAGGGUUAGGGUUGGAGUUAGGGUUAGUGUUGGAGCUAGGGUUAGGGUUGGGCUUGGAGCUAGGAUUUUUCUGAGUGCAAUGAACCAACUCCCGAGUCUCUAGGACGUUCCUAAAAAAAUUUGAUUUUUUCCCAUAGGAAUGCAUGGGUUAGGGUUAGGGUUAGGGUUGGAGCUAGGGUUAGGGUUAGGGUUAGGGUUGGAGUUAAGGUUAGUGUUGGAGCUAGGGUUAGGGUUGGGCUUGGAGCUAGGAUUUUUCUGAGUGCAAUGAACCAACUCCCGAGUCUCUAGGACGUUCCUAAAAAAAUUUGAUUUUUUCCCAUAGGAAUGCAUGGGUUAGGGUUAGGGUUAGGGUUAGGGUUGGAGCUAGGGUUAGGGUUAGGGUUAGGGUUAGAGUUAGGGUUAGUGUUGGAGCUAGGGUUAGGGUUGGGCUUGGAGCUAGGAUUUUUCUGAGUGCAAUGAACCAACUCCCGAGUCUCUAGGACGUUCCUAAAAAAUUUGAUUUUUUCCCAUAGGAAUGCAUGGGUUAGGGUUAGGGUAAGGGUUGGAGCUAGGGUUAGGGUUAGGGUUAGGGUUGGAGGAGUUAGGGUUAGUGUUGGAGCUAGGGUUAGGGUUGGGCUUGGAGCUAGGAUUUUUCUGAGUGCAAUGAACCAACUCCCGAGUCUCUAGGACGUUCCUAAAAAAAUUUGAUUUUUUCCCAUAGGAAUGCAUGGGUUAUGGUUAGGGUUAGGGUUGGAGCUAGGGUUAGUGUUAGGGUUAGGGUUAGAGUUAGGGUUAGUGUUGGAGCUAGGGUUAGGGUUGGGCUUGGAGCUAGGAUUUUUCUGAGUGCAAUGAACCAACUCCCGAGUCUCUUGGACGUUCCUAAAAAAUUUGAUUUUUUCCCAUAGGAAUGCAUGGGAAGUGCCAACCCAAUUUUUCACCUUCCAGAAUUGUGUUAGGAGCACGUUUCAGGGCACGGGGAGUCUAUAGAACCUAAUUCUGGGGGAAGUUUUUUGAAAAGUUUACUUAGGGUUUGGGUUAGGGUUAGGGUUGGAGCUAGGGUUAGGGUUAGGGUUAAGGUUGGAGCUAGGGUUAGGGUUAGGGUUAGGGUUAGGAUUAGGGUGGAGCUAGGGUUAGGGUUAGGGUUAGAGCUAGGGUUAGGGUUGGUGCUAGGGUUAGGGUUAGGGUUAGGGUUGGAGCCAGGGUUAGGGUUAGGGUUGGGCUUGGAGUUAGGGUUAGUGUUGGAGCUAGGGUUAGGGUUGGGCUUGGAGCUAGGAUUUUUCUGAGUGCAAUGAACCAACUCCCGAAUCUCUAGGACGUUCCUAAAAAAAUUUGAUUUUUUCCCAUAGGAAUGCAUGGGUUAGGGUUAGGGUUGGAGCUAGGGUUAGGGUUAGGGUUGGGGUUGGAGUUAAGGUUAGUGUUGGAGCUAGGGUUAGGGUUGGGCUUGGAGCUAGGAUUUUUCUGAGUGCAAUGAACCAACUCCCGAGUCUCUAGGACGUUCCUAAAAAAAUUUGAUUUUUUCCCAUAGGAAUGCAUGGGUUAGGGUUAGGGUUAGGGUUAGGGUUAGGGUUAGGGUUGGAGCUAGGGUUAGGGUUAGGGUUAGGGUUGGAGUUAGGGUUAGUGUUGGAGCUAGGGUUAGGGUUGGGCUUGGAGCUAGGAUUUUUCUGAGUGCAAUGAACCAACUCCCGAGUCUCUAGGACGUUCCUAAAAAAAUUUGAUUUUUUCCCAUAGGAAUGCAUGGGUUAGGGUUAGGGUAAGGGUUGGAGCUAGGGUUAGGGUUAGGGUUAGGAUUGGAGGAGUUAGGGUUAGUGUUGAAGCUAGGGUUAGGGUUGGGCUUGGAGCUAGGAUUUUUCUGAGUGCAAUGAACCAACUCCCGAGUCUCUAGGACGUUCCUAAAAAAAUUUGAUUUUUUCCCAUAGGAAUGCAUGGGUUAGGGUUAGGGUUAGGGUUAGGGUUGGAGCUAGGGUUAGGGUUAGGGUUAGGGUUUGGGUUGGAGUUAGGGUUAGUGUUGGAGCUAGGGUUAGGGUUGGGCUUGGAGCUAGGAUUUUUCUGAGUGCAAUGAACCAACUCCCGAGUCUCUAGGACGUUCCUAAAAAAAUUGAUUUUUUCCCAUAGGAAUGCAUGGGAAGUGCCAACCCAAUUUUUCACCUUCCAGAAUUGUGUUAGGAGCACGUUUCAGGGCACGGGGAGUCUAUAGAACCUAAUUCUGGGGGAAGUUUUUUGAAAAGUUUACUUAGGGUUUGGGUUAGGGUUAGGGUUGGAGCUAGGGUUAGGUGUGGGGUUAAGGUUGGAGCUAGGGUUAGGGUUAGGGUUAGGGUUAGGGUUAGGAUUAGGGUGGAGCUAGGGUUAGGGUUAGGGUUAGAGCUAGGGUUAGGGUUGGUGCUAGGGUUAGGGUUAGGGUUAGGGUUAGAGCUAGGGUUAGGGUUAGGGUUGGGGCUAGGGUUAGGGUUAGGGUUGGGGCUAGGGUUAGGUGUGGGGUUAGGGUUAACACUAGAAGGACCACAGAGCAGCCAUUUGGCUUUACCCCCCUCAAGGUCCACGGGGCAGCCGAUCGGCUGGAAGGAUUUUAGCUAAUAUCCUAAAUCACCUGUGAGCACUCAUUUUGUUAUGCAAACGAGGUGAUCGUUGGUGCACCACAGGAGGGGACUGGACUAAGUGGUGUAUGCAGUGGGAAGGGACAACAGAAAGGAAGGGAUCAACACACAUGGGUUGUUUACUUUGUUGCUGAAGUUUAUUGAUUAAAAAUAAACAAAAUUUAAACAACUGUAUAGAAUAAGAACAAGAAUCAGAAUCAGAAUCACAAGGGGUUUUAUUGCUAUUGUCAAUGAACAGGUUUCACAGACUAGGAAUUUUUUACGGCGUGAUGGUGCAACAUUAAACAGAGUAUAAUAUGUAAAAUACAAGAAUAAAAAAUAAGAGCAUGCAGGACAUAUAUAAAGUAUAAAAAGGUUGGUGAUGGACUUCAGGUGAAUAUGCAUCAUCAGGAUACAGUGUUAGACUCUCACUCACAAUCCUGGCACUGCCAUGGUAUCUCCCUUCUGCAUUUCCCACAUGUGUAUCUGUAGCAGUCAACACAUCGCACAGUGGCAUGAUUGUUCUUACACUGAUUUUUAACCUGGCACAUGGCUCUUUUCCCAGGGCUAGGUGUGGAAGGUUGUUGCCGAAGCAAUUCUUCCUUUCAUGCCUUCUUCGCAGUCACAUGAGAGUUAGCCAACUCUCUUGCAAGCUCCACCAGGAAGUCCACCCGUCUCUCCUUCCUCCCGGUGCAUGCUUGAUACAGCACAUGUGCAUCCAAUGCUGCCAUAUCAAUCAUGUUAUAGAACACAGCGACUGGCCAGCGCCAUGUUCCUGUGCGGACAGUGUACUCCCGCUCCAUCUGGUCCAUCACAUCCACGCUGCACUUUGUAGCAUUGUAAAGUUCAUUGCAGUCCCUCUGUCUAGAUGACUGUGGAAUUUCCUGGCGAAUCUUGUUGACUGUGCCUAGGAUGGUGGUUUUCCGCCUAAGCAGUUGUUGCGCAAGUGACAGUGAUGUAAAGAAAUUGUCCGUGGUAACAUUUCUGCCCUUGUCCAGGAAUGGUUCCAUCAGCCUCAUGACUACAUUCUCGGACAGUCUCUCCCCACUGGGACGACUGGGGUCCUUGCCAAGAUAUGGGAGGACAUUGCAGAUGUACUUGGAUUUCAAGUCACAAGCCACCCAAAACUUGAUCCCAAACUUGUCAGGUUUCGUUGCAAUGUACUGCAGGAAACAGCAGCGAGUCUUUGGGGGGAAAAGCUGUUGGUCAAUGGUGAUGUGUCGACCAGGGUUGUAGGAUGUGAUGCAGUUGGUGACAAAUGAUGACCACACAGCAGAAAUUGCAGCAAACUUGUCAGUCUUUGUGCACUCACUGCGGGUGUCCCUGUCAUCAAAGCGUAGGUGUCGCAUGAUGUCUUUGAAGCGAUUUCGGGGCAUGGUUGCCAUGAUCUGGGGGUUUCCCAGGUUUGCUCACCAGCAAACCAGAAAAUGUGAUAAAUUGUCAAUCAAAUAGUGAUCCUGUGAAUGGGACUGGUUGCAUUCACCUGAGUCGUUAUGGUCAUUCUCACAUUCAUACUCUCAACAGCUUCACCAGAGUAUAAAAAAUGUAGUGUCAUAUGCAAACAGUAUGCAAUUUAACAAUUUAGAUACAUUUACAAUGUCAUUAAUAUAAAGUACAAACAGUUUUUGUCCGUGGACCGACCGCUGGGGCAUCUGCUGAGGUGCAGGAACAUCAGGAGAAGUAGAACCAAACAAAACAAACAGAGGCCCAAACUGUCUGUGCAGUGGCUAUGGCUGAAGCAGUUUCUGUCUACAGUUGUUCUCAGGUUGGAAACUCCCCUCCCCCUCCCCACUCACUCUCCCCACAACACAAGUUUCCUUGAAAUAACUUAGCAUAUCCCCUCCUGUGGUGCACCAGCAAUAGCCUCGUUUGCAUAACAAACUGAGUGUUCAGAGGUGAUUUAGUACUAGCUAAAAGCCCUCCAAGCCAUUUGGCUGCCCUCUGGUCUUUAUAGGUAGAACAGCAAAAAGCCGGUCCUUCUAGUGUUAAAGAAGAUUUCCCUUUGGGGAUCACAAAUGUUCUACUGUAUAAAAGUAAACAAUGACAUGUGACGGCAUACGCUGAUUUAUUUCUUUUAAAGGUUUGCAGCCAGAAUGAAUGUAUGGAUCUUGAAGCUGCCUACAGGAACACAAACUGUUCCGCAAAAUGUCCAGGAAAUGCUGUAAGUAUUCUACACGCCAACACUGCUCAGGAUUUAUAUUAUACUGAUUAUUUAAUAAGGAGUUUGGAAUGUAGGGUAACUAUAGAGUGUUUUUUUGGUUGAGGUUUGUUUAUGGCUCCUCAGACCGUUGUGUAUUGCUAUCGUGCGGUCGUUACUAAAGUAGGUAGAACUAGAGAAGCAAGCGGUCUGCAACAUUCAUCUCUCGAGGGGGUGUCUAACUCGGUGUUACGGUGUGUUUGACCCUAAAUUAAUUUUACGCCGGAAUAUCCCUUUAAGUAAUAUGACUUACCAAAUCUUAUGUAAAUUAAGAGACCCCGGACCACUCAGGACCAAACACUAUAAAUGACAAACUUCCUGUUCAGAGAUUGAGCUUACUGAUUUGAAAAAUGAAUUCCUCAUUUGAGAAUUGAGACAAAGUUUGUCAAAGUUAAUACUGGCAUAUUUUCCUACAGCGAUGGUACUAUUGUGAUGUUUAAAACAAUAACAUCUAACAUUCAAAUGGUUUCUGUCCUCAUCAGGUGUGUAAUCACAAGGCUCAAUGUCAGUGUAAACCUGGUUGGUUGCCCCCAGACUGCGAUACGGAGGAUGAAGAUACUCUCUCAACAGGUUCGACUUCCUCACAACUGUUCACCUUGUUUGACUGCAGACAAUGACGUGUACUUUCUGUUUAACAAAACCUUUUCAUUCCAUUUCUGCAGGAGCCAUUAUUGCCAUAGCUGUGACGUGCAUACUGGUGGUUGUAGGACUCAUUGUUGGUGUUGUGGCGUUCCUCAAGAGACAAUGACAAAGUCCCAUUUUACUAAUGUAAGUUAUCAUCAUUACUCUGUGAUGGGCAGGCUACUUUUAAAAUGUUGUGAGGUGAGAAUGCGUGGCUAUGGUGCUAUUAUGAGCAAUAAAUUAUUUAUUUAUUUUUCAAAUAAUAUUUUGCUCCUGGAAGAAAGGUUGUUCAAAACUGUGAAAUCUGUCACAUCUGUCAUGGAUGAACGACACAUUAAAACGAUAAAGACUCUUCAUCAUCAUCAUUCAGCUGACCUGAGCUAAUGUAACAGGCUUAGCCAAUAGAAAUUCAUGAUGUUAUCUUUGGUAUGGCUUUAAUUGACUUGUUAGUAAUAAUAACUUCUCAGUUAAAAUAUAUCUCUGUCUCCUCCUUGCUUCUGGCGGCAGCAUUUAAUUAUUUCUCUGGUGUGUACAUCCCUCACACCAAGUGACACCCACCCACUCUGGCCACGUCACUUGAAGUCUUUGAUUAAAAGUCUUUUCAACUAAAUCAACACAGACCAUCGUAAGAUAUACAGGCAUGAUUUUGUCCUAAUGAGCAAAAGUUUGAUCCAUAAUUGCAUCCGUGGUAUAAGAAAUCCCAGAAUGCCUUGUGCGGGGAUGUGCGGUGUGCAAUACGCAAUGAACUGGGAGGCAAUUUUCUUAGAUACCUUAUGACACAUUUGGUGUGCCAGCACCAUCUUUUUAAUAAAGUCCAUACUUCAGCUAUGUGAGUUUGUUUUGUAGUACACCACCAUUUGCUUUGGUCUGCCAGCACAGACCAAAUUCAGCUUUGAGUGUCCAAAACCACUGAAAGAUGUUCGCCCACUACACAAAUUAAACCAUGUCACGUGAACAUGGAUUAUUAAGCUUGUGAUGGCCUCCAAUAAUUUUACCCCUGAUGUGAGGAUAAAGGGGAGGAGGAGACCAGGUGUCAUUGUUUUUACUUCAUUAUUAGGUUGAAAGUGAGAAAAGGAAAGAGGAAAUGUGCCUAAGUGUUUUGAUUUUGUUUUUUUGAUUCGGACAGAAUUUUUUUUUUCAGUUUAAAGUUCUUAAUAAAAUAGUACUUUUUUUAGUUUCUGGAUCACCCUGACCCAAAGUCAAAGGGCAUCCUUCGAAGCCAAGUUUUUGAAUUCCAUGUGACUACAAACAAGGUUCAUCAGCCUGAUGGUAAAAGGAAGGAAAUGUUGUCACAAGACUUUGUCACAGACAUAACCACAAAAACACAUGAAAACACACAUGCAUGCACUCCUCAUGGCACAUUCGGUCAUGAACCUUUUUGUGACCUGGUUGUCCAAUGCUGGGCCAGAAAGGGUAGCAGUCAAAGACUCAGUCGGAGAAGUCAACGGGAAGGAGAGAGGGCAUGUAGCUGGCAUGUUUAUGGGACCAGUACAGGCAGGCUAAGUAUGAAAGGGUCUUUACAACAGCAGAUCUGAAAGGUGUGAACGGCAAGGCAUCUGACAAAGCAGUUGAGUGAGAGUGGUGAGGCUUUUGUCCCUGAUCAAGCACAGGAGCACAGUUAGGUUUGACUAAUGGGUUUUGAGGUUUUAGUAAAGAUGAUUCAGCAGAUAAUGAACCUUGUAUGUCACACCAGGAGAAUCAGCCUGAGGUCCAGAACACUCCUUGUCAGCCAGGAGCGGGUUUUUGUUUUGAUAAGGAGCCUGUUUUACAGCUACAACUAGUAGCAGCAACAGCUACUACUGUUGCUUCUGGCUGUUGUGGGUACAUUCUGUUUAAGGCAGAGGAACAAGAAACAGACUGAAGUUUAUAAGUCAACUUGAACCUGGAGCAGGAAAAGAUGGUGUGUUACUGGGUCACAACAGGUUAGCAGACAUCUCAGCUUCAUGACUAUGAGUGAGGAAAAAAUGGAGUUGAACCUUUUUGUUGAGUGAGGACUGGUGUUGUAGGCCAAAGUAAUUUGAAUGAGGUGGUCAUCCCAUCCAAGUGACCUGGCUAGUAAGUGUUCUGUAAAAUCUCUCUAUCAUCCCAUCACACUGAGGAUGAUAAGGGCUAGUUCUGGUUUUCAGGAGUUGACACAAGAGGGUGCUUUUGCUGCAUUUUAACAGACAGAGGUGCGACCUCCUCACCCCCUACCACUACGAGAGAUAGUGUCACGCACCUUUCCAUAUAAACGUCCAGACUAGAAUGAGUCACGUUUUUCAGUAAAAUAGGUAUUCCAACUUUACACAUCACUCAAAACAUCCAGUUAAUGCAAAGGAUCACCUAUGAUUUGGAAAUGCAUCUAACUUCUGGUUUGUCUUCCAGGUUCUGAGUACCUCCACCAAAGGCCUGACACAGUGCCACCUACUGGCAAUGAGGACCUUUUUUUUCUACUGUGGGAAGCUGCUGGCAGUCCAGAAAAGGAGUUUUUUUUUUAAUUGUACAGUCUCAAUUGUUUUCACUGUGUUUUUUUUUACUGCUGUGCUUUGUGAAGCAUCAGGAACAUUACUGAUUACACGUACAGAGUAAACCUGAGAAACUGACUUCUUAUUGUCAUUGUCCUGCUACACACCGAGAGCUUUUUAUUACACCUACUAAUGUUAGGGCACUUAUUUAUUGAUUAGCAUUGGAGCACUUUUUGGAACAGCUGCGUUACUUUUGCAUAUAUUUUUUUUAACAUGUUAGUGAUACAGUUUAUUGCUCAAGAAUGGAUCGAUUGUAAAACAAUAACCUGCUGCUGAGUUAGCAUUAUAUUUUAUCAUUUCAUUCCUUGUAAAUAUCCUGAAUUUGAAUUAGAUUUGAUAGUGUAGGCAUCCUGGCACUCUUACAUUAUGGUGCAAUGCAAUAUAAAUAUUUGUAGUCGGAGAUUUCAGAUUUGAAACAAACAUUGAUUAUAAGGACGUCGUACUUAAGUCUUAAAUGUUUGGUUGAAUUAUGUCGCAACAUUUUUCAAGUGAACCUCAAGCUAAACCUUAUUUAAAAAAAAAAAAGGAGUGGACAAAUGCCAAUGAGUCUUAGUUUAAGAAUUAUAAAACAUUCAACAAUUUUCAGCUAGGAACUUUGGCUGCAUGUCUUCCCCCCUGCUCUCUACCCACCAUGUUCCUGGUCUCUCUUAAACUAUCUUACCUAAUGAAGACUUAAUCAAAAACUUCUGUUGUUUUAAUAUCUAUUUUAAACUUUUCAUAUCCAUCUAUGCAUUUGUAUUCAUGGUUUAUUUUCAGAAACUUUCGCACCCUGUUUUCCUUUUGAGAAAUGUAUAACUCUUUCAGUGUUUUUUUAUAAAUCAAGAACUGAAAAGAUGAAUUGCAAUAUAUGACAAAGGAGAAAUGUUGUGUGUAUACUUGAUCGUUAAUUCAUGUGAUAAAUUUCUUUUUAUAAAAAAA